CUCCCAAAAAUCCUUCACAGAGAUCAGGCACUUCACAGAGACGGAGUGGAGCAGACACAAUGACAACCUCAUCUCAGCAGAAUGUAGAGUUUGUGCGGACAGGAUAUGGGAAGAACUCUGUGAAGAUUCUGUACAUCAGAAGAGAAGGAACACAUCACUACAUCAUUGAGCUGAAGGCCAAUGUCGAGAUCACCCUCAACAACCGCAAAGAUUACUUGACUGGGGACAACUCUGACAUUAUCCCCACUGACACGAUCAAAAACACUGUCUAUGCCUUGGCCAAGCUAAAGGGAGUUCGGAACAUAGAGCAGUUUUCAAUGGACAUCUGCGAACAUUUCCUAACAGCUUUCAAACAUGUGACCAGGGCCAAGGUGGACAUGGAGGAGGCCCCAUGGAAGAGACUGGAAAAGAAUGGUGUGGAACAUGCCCAUGCAUUUAUCUUCAGCCCAGAGUCCUGGCGUUUCUGCAGUGUUGAACAGCACCUCAAUGAGAAACCUGUGAUUCACAGUGGAGUGAAGAACAUGACAGUGCUGAAAACCACCCAGUCAGGCUUCGAGGGCUUUUUCCGAGAUCGUUUCACCACCUUGCACGAGACUAAGGAUAGGUGCUUCUGUACUUCGGUCUAUGCUAAGUGGCGCUACAAUCGGGUCCAAGAUGUUGACUUCGAUGCAGCGUGGAGAUGUGUGAAGAACACCAUAAUUGAGAAGUUUGCCGGCCCAUAUGACCUGGGCGAGUUCUCUCCCUCUGUGCAGAAGACACUAUAUGAUACGCAGGUCAUGGUUCUGGAUAGACUACCAGAGGUGGAGGAGAUUGAGAUGAUCAUGCCCAACAAACACUAUUUCACUGUGGACAUGACCAAAAUGGGACUCGCCAACAAGGAUGAGGUCCUUCUUGCAUUAGACAAUCCAUCAGGGAACAUCACAGGAACGGUAUGCAGGAAGCCCCUGGCCAAGCUGUGAAAAGGAACCAAUGGCGGAAUACCAACACUAAACAUUUUACCAUUAGGAUACCUAAUCUGCCAAACAUCACUUGGGCCCAUGCUUAAUGGCUUCUUUAA